ACGACAGUCAGCCCCCUCAGAGUGCACUCAACCUGCAGGUUAAUGAUGACGUAUUGUCCCGGCCGGUCCAGGGGUGGUCCCAGACCCAAAAAUGUAACAUGUUGAAGCUGUUUGGAUGUGGAUCGGUCGCCCAGGUAACAACCUCAGAGAACAAGAACGGCCAAUACCUGUCUAUCAACCUGGGCUUUGCUCUGGGGACCACCUUUGGGAUCUAUGUUUCUCGUGGGGUGUCAGGUGCCCAUCUGAACCCUGCUGUGACUCUCAGUCUGUGCUUCCUGGGCCGGCAUCCCUGGUUCGACCUGCCCUUCUAUGUGUUCUCCCAGGUGCUGGGGGGUUUUCUGGGUGCAGCCACUGUUGCCCUGCAGUACUACGACGCCAUCAUGUUCUUCGGUGGAGGUAAACUGACUGUGACCGGACCUACUGCUACAGCGGGCAUCUUCACAACCUAUCCUGCUGACUACCUCAGUCUGUGGGGUGGAGUCAUAGACCAGGUAAUUGGUACAGCUGCCCUGAUGGUGUGCCUUCUGGCUUUGGGGGACCGUAGGAAUUCCCCGGCCCCUCCUGGUCUGGAGCCAGUCCUGGUGGGGGCCGUGGUCCUGUGCAUUGGGGUGUCCAUGGGCUCCAACAGCGGCUACUCCCUGAACCCGGCCAGGGACUUGGGGCCCCGUCUCUUCACUUAUUUCGCUGGCUGGGGUGGAGAGGUGUUCAGUGCUGGAGAUGGGUGGUGGUGGGUGCCGCUGGUAGCCACUAAUGUCGGUGCCCUGGUGGGAACACUCAUCUACGAGCUUGUGGUCGAGGUCCACCAUCUAGAGCCGGGGCCCUCUUCCGAACCUCCUGGCCUAGAUAUGAACGUUGAGGGCAAGCACAUUGUGAAGUUGGAGGGAGAACCAGACCUAAUUUACUACCCAAAGGAGUUGCAGUGUGGGACGGCAAUGUAAAGGAAAAAAGCAUUGGGAUCAGUCGUACCCGAGAACAUGUUGUGGCUUCCCAUUCAUAGAGGGAAUAAGACUUAAUUACAAAAGCACUUAAAUAGGUGUAAAUAGUGUGAAAAGUUACUAGUCUAUCGUUUAUUUCUAUUAGUUAUUCACUAAGUAACCCAUGUUCCAUUUCAGACAUUUAUUUUAAAACGACACAAAAAGUGUAUGGCAUUUUCAUCAAGCAAACCACAACCAUAGAAAAUUAAAAGGACACACAUGGAUUCACUAAUUUGCUAUAUAAAUAUGACAAUAGGUGAUAAAAAAACGAACAGAACAACAUCCAUACAAACAGGCCUCCUUCACAAGACCAUAAAGGUCGUAAUGAAAGAAAUCGAAAAUUAAACUGGAGGACAGCAAGCACUGAUUCUGUAUACGUUAUUACAAAAAGAAUCAUAUCAAAGAGAUAUAUGUUUGUUUUCAUACACAUUAUUGAAAGACACUAUACGCCAGUGUUCUCACGCUCGCUCCGGCCAUUCAUUAUAAUGUAGUACUCCCCUGUUUUUCUUCAGAUUGGUUGGUGGUGGUGGUGGGUAGUGGGGGGGGGGGGGGGCAGAAACCAAA